AUGCAAUCGAACAUCACAGCUAUCCAAGGAUUAGAUUUUCGUAUUGUGGGAGGGAAACCAACCAGCAUAGAAGAUUUUCCUUUUGUGGUUUCCAUACAAAGACGAUAUCAACGUCAUUUAUGCGGUGGGAGUUAUAUUUUGCCGAAAUUCGUCCUGUCGGCAGCGCAUUGUAUGGUUUCAAAAUCCCGAGGUGGGAAAUUGAGGUCUCUAAAUCCGUUAGUUUUUGUGGCGGUGGCCGGUGCGAGUGGCGUUAAAGGCCUUUACGGUAGUACAAUACAGAUAAAAAUGAUAAACCGAGUGAUACCUCAUCCCUCAUAUAAUCCACGAACUAUGCACCACGACAUUGGUCUCUACGAAGGGUGGAAAAAUGUGGAUACCAAGUUCACGCGAUCGUCAGAGAAGACAGUCAACUAUGCGCAGGGUUUGACGAGGGCGGUGUCGACAGCUGCCAGGUAUUAUGGGCGUUUUGUUUUUUCAUCGCAAUGGGCUACAGAAAUGACUAAUUUGGAAGACUUUUCUUUAUCUGCUUUUCACCAGGGUGAUAGCGGUGGUCCAAUUUUAUGCGACAGCGUGCAAGUCGGUGUAGUUUCAUGGGGCAGAGGCUGCGGGAAUAAAAGAUCACCUGGUGUAUAUAGCAGAGUUGAUUUCUACUUGGAUUGGAUCAACAGCAUUACUCUGGCAAGAAACAAUGCGCCGAAUCAUUCUACGCUAUUUCAAAUUAUAGUUAUCUUUGGAUUGAUUCUUCUCUACGUGUAAUUACGAUCGAAAAAAUUGUUAGGAACGUUUAUAUUUGCGUGCGAUUCUUCUUCAUGAGAAAGUUAUUAUAUGAACGUGGAAUUGAGCCGAUCCGAGACGUGAUGAAAUCAGUUGUUUGAGGAAGGCGAUGGCGACGCGUCUGCGGUGUUUGAUGCUUGGAAAAUAAAAACUAGCGGUGCUGGGUGAACAAUCGAUGGGGAAAUUUAUACCAUAAUCAAUCUUUGAGAGUUCAAAAUAGACGUUCGGAGAGUUGAAGGUAGACGACAGCAAUCAACAGACAGCAGAGAGAAUUUCCAAGAAAAAUAUGAUGGGAUACCUCUGAACUUUGAUUGCCCUCCUCUUUUUCUUGGGUAUAUUCCGUUUUCGUCAAUCAUCAGCGGCGCGGCCAGAUUGCAGGAUGGCAGAAUUCGCCAUGGAAUACUAGACGUAUCGAUUACGCCAAGUCGGUGUAUUCCUCCUCAAACACGGAAUUCGGGAUCUGAGACAGUUAUGGCCAGAAUCAGAGAUGCUGGCUUUCGAUCUCAUUUCUAAAUGUUUAAAUGGGCGUCUUCAAUAAUUUUCGAAAUUCACUAUUUUCGGACAAUUCCAAAGCCCAGGUACCGCGCAUGG